AUGGUCCGAUUCUACGGAACUAAUUUCGAUCCAGAGGAGCGGAUGUUCACUCAUUGCCUUCUCUCCUUCGAGCAAAUUCAAACAAUGCUUUGUAUGGGCAACCUCUUCACGUGUCCAAAUGGCUGGGAGUUAAAAGGUUUAUAUUGCUACAAAUUUUUCAAUAUCAGGCAUUCAUGGGAAAAAGCAGCAGAAUUAUGUAGGAGGUACGGCAGUGAAUUAAUGGUUGUCGAGAGCUACACAGAAAACAACAUGACGGCCAAUAUGGUACCAUCCAGUCCAAGCAAUAACCAUUAUUGGCUUGGCCUUGCGACUGUUGAUGACCUCAGAACUAACACACUGGAAUCGGCUGCCGGAGGUUUGGUUUCACAAUACGCAGGCUACUGGGCUUUGAGACAACCGAACCCAAAAGACGGUGAAUGCGUUGACGUCCACGUCACAUCGGAUAAGCAAUCGUGGGAACUAACCACCUGCGAAACCCUACUCCCCUUCAUGUGUAAAAGCGAUGCAUGCCCUGCAGGAACCUUCCAUUGCUCAAACGGAAGAUGCGUAAAUUCGGCCUUUAGAUGCGACAAACAAGACGAUUGCGGUGAUGCUUCCGAUGAAAUGGAUUGCUCUUCCGAAUGUCAUUUUUACAUGGCCAGCAGUGGAGAUGUGGUCGAAAGUCCAAGUUACCCUCACAAAUAUCCAGCUUUCAGCGAAUGUAAAUGGACGCUCGAAGGACCACAAGGCCAAAAUAUUGUGUUACAGUUCCAAGAUUUUGAAACUGAAAAGUCUUUUGAUACUGUUCAAAUAUUAGUGGGCGGCAGGACAGAGGAUAAAUCUGUUAACUUAGCCACACUAUCAGGGAAACAGGAUCUCUCCAGUAAACUUUUUGUAUCCGCUUCUAACUUCAUGAUUAUUAAAUUUAGCACCGAUGGUUCUGUAGAAAAGAAAGGUUUUCGUGCUUCUUGGAAGACUGAAUCUUCUAAUUGUGGUGGCGUUCUAAGAGCGACUCCUCAAGGCCAGGUAUUAACUUCUCCUGGAUAUCCAAAUGGAUACCCUGGCGGCUUAGAGUGCGUAUAUAUAAUUGAAGCCCAACCAGCUUCCAGUGGUGAAAUGCUAAUAAGAUUUAUAUCUGAUGCCUUGCACAAUGGAUAUGGAUGGAAAGCCACAUUUUCUGCAGAUUGCCCGCCGCUAAUAUCUGGCAUCGGUGCUUUAGCGUCAAAUAGAGAUACUGCGUUUGGAACUGUUGUUACUUUUUCGUGCCCAAUCGGACAAGAAUUUUCUACGGGGAAAUCAAGAAUCGUAACUCAAUGUCUUAAUGGAGGAAAUUGGUCUACCACCUAUAUACCAAGCUGUCAAGAGGUUUAUUGUGGUCCAGUCCCCCAAAUCGAUAAUGGCUUUUCAAUUGGUUCUACAAACGUAACCUAUCGAGGAGUAGCUACAUAUCAAUGCUAUGCUGGAUUUGCAUUUCCAACUGGACAACCCACUGAAAGAAUAUCUUGUUUAUCCGAUGGUCGAUGGGAGCGAACGCCAACAUGUCUCGCAUCUCAAUGUGUUGCACUUCCUGAUGUUCCACAUGCCAAUGUAACCAUUCUUAAUGGCGGAGGGAAAAGCUAUGGUACGAUUGUUAGAUAUGAAUGCGAACCGGGCUAUGUACGCUCCGGACAACCGGUUCUUCUUUGCAUGAGCAACGGAACUUGGUCCGGUGAUGUUCCGACGUGUUCCAAAGCUUUAUGUCCUAAAUUCCCCGAAAUAAAAAAUGGAUUCUUUGUUGAUCAAAGCAGAAUAUACAUGUUUGGGGACGAAGCAAGGGUUCAAUGUUUCAAAGGUUACAAACUUAAUGGCCCAAGUGUAUUAAGGUGUGGUCCAAAUCAAGAAUUUGACCCACCACCAACUUGUGAAGAUAUUAAUGAAUGUAUUAAUAGUCAAUGCAACUUAGCAACUACUGACUGCAAAAACACACAAGGAGGAUUUUACUGUCCUUGUAAACCUGGCUUUGCUCCCGUUUUGGAAUGUCGUCCAGUUGGGGAUCUUGGAUUAAUAAACGGUGCCAUACCUGAUGAAUCUAUCACUACUUCAAUACCGGAGUCUGGUUAUCAUAAAGGGAUGAUCCGAUUGAAUAAUGGUGGGGGUUGGUGCGGUGAUAAUCUCGAAGCAGGGGCUAAUUGGGUACUGAUAGACUUAAAAGCACCUACAGUUAUAAGAGGAUUCAGAACUAUGAGUGUUAUGCGAGCUGAUGGCAAUAUUGCGUUUACAUCAGCAAUUAGAAUUCAGUAUACCAAUGACCUAACAGACGUUUUUAAAGACUACACAAACCCUGAUGGAACUGCUGUUGAAUUUCGAAUACUGGAACCAACGCUCUCAGUUCUUAAUCUACCAAUGCCCAUUGAAGCUCAAUACAUUAAAUUCAAAAUUCAAGACUAUGUUGGAGCUCCAUGUUUAAAAUUAGAAAUUAUGGGAUGUGCUCGCUUAGACUGUGCUGACAUUAACGAAUGCAAUGAAAAUAACGGUGGCUGCGAUCAAAAAUGUUUAAAUACGCCUGGAAAUUACUCAUGCGCUUGCAAUAUUGGAUAUGAACUUUAUACAGCAAAUGGAACUGCUGGCUUUAAAAUUGAGUUGUCUGAAACUGGUGAAAGAGACGGCGACACAUAUCAAAGAAAUAAAUCGUGUGUACCUGUAAUGUGCCCGACACUCACGUCUCCAGAGAAUGGAAAAUUACUAUCAACGAAAUCGGCAUUCCAUUUCGGCGACAUAGUACAAUUUCAGUGUGAUUUUGGAUACGUAAUGUCUGGAUUCUCGUCCUUACUUUGUACCUCAAGCGGCACAUGGAAUGGAACUGCACCAGAAUGCCAAUAUGCUAGAUGUGUUACUUUAUCUGAUGACAAAAAUGAUGGUUUGCAAAUCAUACGAGAUGAUCCUGAAAGUGUUCUUGUUCCGUACAGAGACAACGUUACUAUUACAUGCACAUCACCGGGACGUCACCUGAGAAACACCGUGACAUCAUCCUUUAGGCAAUGUGUUUAUGAUCCAAAACCGGGACUUCCUGAUUAUUGGCUGUCUGGAUCAAAACCACAAUGUCCUCGUAAAGAUUGUGGCAUACCGAUGCCAACUCCAGGAGCUGAAUAUGGUCAAUAUUUAGACACAAGAUACCAAAGUUCUUUCUUCUUUGGUUGCCAAAAUACGUUUAAACUUGCUGGGCAAACUAGUAAACAUGAUAAUGUUGUAAGAUGCCAAGCAAAUGGCAUUUGGGACUUUGGAGAUUUGAGAUGUGAAGGCCCAGUAUGUGAUGACCCAGGAAGACCAGCCGAUGGCUAUCAAAUUGCUAGAAGCUACGAACAAGGAUCUGAAGUGUUAUUUGGCUGUUCCAGACCUGGAUACAUCCUUAUUAAUCCAAGGCCAAUAACUUGCAUGCGAGAACCCGAAUGCAAAGUAAUUAAACCUUUAGGACUUGCUUCAGGAAAAAUACCUGACUCUGCUAUUAACGCUACAUCUGAAAGACCUAACUAUGAAGCAAGAAAUAUCAGGCUUAACUCCGUAACUGGAUGGUGUGGCAAACAAGAAGCAUUUACAUAUGUGAGCGUGGAUUUGGGAAAAGUUUACCGCGUUAAAGCUAUCCUAGUUAAAGGAGUAGUAACCUCUGACAUUGUAGGACGGCCCACCGAAAUUAGAUUCUUUUACAAACAAGCUGAAAAUGAGAACUAUGUGGUUUAUUUCCCUAACUUUAAUUUAACAAUGAGGGACCCAGGAAAUUAUGGAGAGUUAGCUAUGAUAACGUUACCGAAGUAUGUACAAGCUCGAUUUGUUAUUUUGGGAAUUGUCAGUUUUAUGGAUAAUGCUUGCCUUAAAUUCGAACUUAUGGGUUGCGAUGAACCAGCUGUUGACCCUUUACUAGGUUAUGAUUAUGGAUACUCUCCGUGCGUUGAUAACGAGCCCCCUGUUUUCCAAAACUGUCCUCAACAACCGAUAGUUGUUCAAACUGAUGUGAAUGGUGGUCUAUUACCUGUUAACUUUACGGAGCCAACGGCUCUUGACAACAGUGGUGCAAUAGCUCGAUUGGAAGUUACUCCCCAACAUUUCAGAACUCCGAUUCAAGUAUUUCAUAACAUGGUUACUGGGAACUCAUGCCUCCGGCACAUGGUGCACUUAACUGCCUACCAGGCGAUAGAGGGAUUCAAUGUAUUGCUACAUGUAGCUCCGGUUUCCGAUUUACCGACGGCGAACCCGUUAAAACGUUCGUUUGUGAAACGAAACGGCAAUGGUCACCUAGCGCUGUGGUACCUGAUUGUGUUUCUGAAAAUACUCAACAAGCGGCUUACCAUGUUGUUGCAAGUGUACAAUACCGUGCUCUUGGAGCUGUUUCUAAUGCAUGCUUACCACAAUACAAAGAUUUACUCGCCCAAUAUGAUAACAUAC